UUAGAUGGAUCGAUGUUUCCAUCGAUAUUUCUUCACCUCCAAUGAUUUGGUUUGUUAUAGAAAAUAAAUUUUCUUUUAACGAUAAUGUUCGUAACACCGGGCAAGCUAACUAUGCUACAUAAAGGACGUUUACCUAUUGGAUUUUUCCAUGUUAAGAGGACAGACGUUCAACCAUUUUGCUUCAGUGUCGCACUUGGAAAUUUUAUGGACUCUAACCGAAUUUCUCUUCCAAUUAAUGUGGACACUGCUAAGACAACUCGAUUCUCUUCCACUGUGACUCGGGCACAUUCCUAUAUAUCAAGCAUUAAUAUCACCACCUACAACAGUUUCAAUGCAGUGCUAGGCAGCUUAAGUUUUUGCAAAGAUCCCCUUGUACAGUCCUAUGAUUUCUUUGGUUUGAUCAGUUUAAGCUCGGCGAUGCGAAGCAAUGUGCCAAUGCCGUUCAGAGGGUUAAACAAGUUUUCACAUCUGAAAAUGCCCGGCGGGCAGUGUUCGGAGGAAUAUAAAUUUAUAGCACAAAACUUGGAAUUCUCGCACAAUAGUGGCCUUCGCAAUUGUUUACAAGCGGAUAGGGCGACCUAUCAGAACGCCUUUCUCGAUAGUAAUGGCAAAGGUUUCACCAAGCGGCGAUCUUAUAGCACGCAAUCAACGCCUCCGAACUCUCCUACAACUAAAUCUGCCCAAUCGAACUGGAUUUCCAAAGAAUCAUUUGUAAAACUGAAUAAAAGAGAACGGCUCAAGAAAGCGUUUAAGAAAUAUGGAGCUUCAAUUGUGGCCUUCCAUGUAGGGAUGUCAUUGAUUUCGCUUGGAAGUUUCUAUGUACUCAUAUCUAGUGGAAUAAACUUAGUUCCCGUUAUGGAAUUUUUUGGUAUCGCGUCACCCACAAUUGCGGAGAAGGUGGCCACAGGAAGUACGUUUGUUGUGGCCUACGCCGUUCACAAAGUAUUUGCUCCUGCAAGAGUUAGUAUCACAUUGGCUGCCAUACCGUUUAUUAUACGCUAUCUACGAUCUAAAGGGGUUAAAAUUCCGAAGACCAAGAACAACAUCUAGUGUAAUAUAAUGACUUCGAUCAUUCACAAUAAGAUCCAUAUAAGUUAAAAACAUAAUUUUUGAAUAAAGUACUAUGUUUUGUUAAACAUACAUUUUUAGUACAUGCAUGCAUAAA